CUCACAGGAGGCAGUGCAGAAGCAUGUCCAAGUAGCACAGGCAGCAGUUACUCUGUCCUUCCCAAGGGUGCUGCUGCUGCCGAGUGCAGGAGGAGAUGGUUAUAGCCAUGGGAGCCAGGACAACGCUGGAAAGGAACGAACAGCUGAGAGACCUGGCGUUCCCUGGGCAGCUACAAAGAGAGGUGAAGUACCUGAAUCAGCGCCGGGUUAAAUGAGCACUGGCUGUUGCCAUGUUGGCAGAACAGAGCUGUUCAGAGGCAGUUGGACGAGUUUGUGGCUGAGCCGGUUUAUCCAGUGCUGAAGAUGGGAAGUUACUUGUCUGCCCCAGCUUACUUCGCUCCCAAGGAUCCCUUUCGGUGCUCUGAAUGUCAGGACCCUCUCACUAACUGGUACUAUGAGAAAGAUGGGAAGUUGUACUGUCACAAAGACUACUGGGGGAAGUUUGGGGAAUCCUGCCAUGGCUGCUCUCUGCUGAUGACUGGACCUGUGAUGGUGGCUGGCGAAUACAAGUAUCACCCUGAGUGCUUUGCUUGUAUGAGCUGCAAAGUGAUCAUUGAAGAUGGGGACACUUACGCACUGGUGCAACAUUCCACUCUCUACUGUGGAAAAUGCCAUAACCAGAUUGUGCUGACACCGAUGGUAGAAAAGCACUCCACAGAGUCUCUGCGUGAGCAGCUGCCCUACACGCUGACCCUCAUCUCCAUGCCCGCAGCCACCGACGGCAAGAGGGGCUUCUCCGUGUCUGUCGAGGGUGGCUGCUCCAGCUAUGCCACUGGUGUCCAGGUGAAAGAAGUUAACAGGAUGCACAUCAGCCCCGACGUCCGAAACGCCAUCCACCCCGCAGACCGUAUCCUGGAGAUUAAUGGAGCUCCCAUUCGUACCUUACAGGUGGAGGAGGUGGAGGAACUGAUUCGCAAGACGAGCCAGACGCUGCAGCUGCUGAUCGAGCACGACCCCGUGUCGCAGCGCCUGGACCGGCUGCGCCUGGACUCCCGCCUGCCCACCCACAUAAAGCCGCCCCUCUCCCCACGCUCUCUCUCCCCGCUGGACAUCAAGGAGAACCUGGAAGGAACGCUCCGGCGCCGCUCCCUCAGGCGAAGUAACAGCAUUUCCAAGUCUCCUGGCCCCAGUUCUCCAAAGGAGCCGCUCCUGCUGAGCCGUGACAUCAGCCGUUCCGAAUCCCUACGCUCCUCUUCCAGCUGCUCCCAGCAAAUCUUCCGGCCCUGUGACCUGAUUCAUGGCGAAGUACUAGGGAAAGGAUUUUUUGGACAAGCAAUCAAGGUGACUCACAAAGCAACAGGAAAGGUGAUGGUGAUGAAGGAGCUGAUUCGCUGUGACGAGGAAACACAGAAGACUUUCUUGACAGAGGUGAAAGUGAUGCGCAGCCUGGACCACCCCAAUGUGCUGAAGUUCAUUGGUGUCCUAUACAAGGACAAAAAACUGAAUCUCCUCACUGAGUACAUCGAGGGAGGCACCCUGAAGGAUUUCCUCCGCAAUGCGGACCCGUUUCCCUGGCAGCAGAAGGUCAGCUUUGCCAAAGGAAUUGCCUCUGGAAUGGCUUACUUGCACUCCAUGUGCAUCAUUCACAGAGACCUGAACUCACACAAUUGCCUAAUCAAGUUGGACAAGACGGUGGUGGUGGCUGACUUUGGGCUGUCUCGGCUGAUUGUGGAGGAGCGGAAGAAGCCUGCGCUGGAGAAGGCGUCUGCCAAGAAACGGACCCUGCGCAAGAGCGACAGGAAGAAGCGCUACACAGUGGUGGGCAACCCGUACUGGAUGGCCCCAGAGAUGCUCAAUGGACAGAGCUAUGAUGAGACAGUGGACAUAUUUUCAUUUGGGAUUGUUCUCUGUGAGAUCAUAGGCCAGGUUUAUGCCGACCCAGACUGUCUCCCACGCACACUGGACUUUGGCCUUAAUGUCAAGCUGUUCUGGGAGAAGUUUGUUCCUGCUGACUGUCCUCCAGCCUUUUUCCCUCUGGCUGCUAUUUGCUGCAGAUUGGAACCAGAGAGCAGGCCCCCUUUUUCCAAGCUGGAAGAUUCCUUUGAAGCUCUCUCUCUCUACCUGGGAGAACUUGCCAUCCCCCUUCCAUCUGAGCUGGAGGAGAUGGACCACAACGUGAGUGUGCAGUAUGGCCUGAGCCGGGACAAGCUCCCCGAGGACACAACCUAGUCACCUCCUGCACGUGCCUGAGAGAAGCCACGGAGAGGGAGAAGCACUUCAGCCACUUCAGGGCAUUAACAGGGCACCACGCUGUGCAUCUGCUGCAUUGCCUCUCCCUCCUGCCCAACACCCCUCCUCUUGGACAUCCUCACUCACUGUGGAUUGCUGGCACAUUUCAGAAGCAGAAAGGGGCCAUUUCCUGCCAACUGCACCUAGGAAAGCUGCUCAACACUAUUUUUCUGGCUUGAGAAAUGCUUCUCUGGCCUUUUCAGGCUUCUUUACUGUGGUGCCUUAGAACUUGGCUGAAAGCUGUGAAGCCACCCUGGCCUGUCUGCCAGGGAGGGAAUUGCUAUAGGAGACUCUCCUGGGCAAUGACCAGCACUUCUGGAACUGCUUCUCUCACUGACCACCCAGCUGAGCAAGCUGGGGAGACUGGACAUCCAGCAAAAGGCCCCACCAGGACAGCCUGCGUGUGAAUGUUUGUGGAUGUGUUUUCCAGAACAACCCACUCAGAUUUUAGCCUCCAAUGUGCAUCAGGGAGGGAGUGAAAAGCCCCAGGAAUUGGGGCAGCUCUCCUGAAAUACCAUGUCUGUGGGGAAGUGUGCAUGAAUUUUUGGUUUGCUUUUGUGGGUUUUUUCCCUCCUCCAUCUCUGAAUACCUCCAAAAGCCUGCCUAGAAAAACACUUAAGACUGAGCUCUGCUUGCCCCUCCUGAUGGUGAACAAGGCAGGCAGCAAACCAGCCGCCUGAGCCUGUACAGUUGAGUUUGCCUGCCUUAAACUAGGUGGAAUUGUUUGAACCUGGCUGUGUGGGACUGCACCGGCCACUGGCUGUGGACAUCCCUGGAGUGCUGAAGCUGCUUGAAUGCCCAGCCUGUGGAUGUGAGGUGACAGGAAGGGUGGCAGAAAGCGCUCUUGAGAAAGCUGAAUGUCUGCAGUGGCUCAGACUUUCUAUGUGUCCACAGUUACUUAAAGGAUGGGCUUGUCCUGAACAGAAAAGGGCUGGAGAUGAUCCCACCCUCCCAGGAGUGGCAGCUGUAGAACUAGUAAUUCAGUUGCCAUUACCUCAUGCUUUCCUGCAGGCUGUGCAAGUUACUUCCUUUGAAGGUCCUUCAUUGCAGCUACUGCUGCAGCACCUGAGCUGACUCUCCAAGCAGAAACUUUCCUCAAGGUGAUUCCCUGCUUUUGGGGAGAAAAAAGGGCUUGGAGUCACUGGGAGGGGGUGUGGGGGGUGUAUUUUCUUCCACCACUUCUCUUCGUUCUCCCUUGGUGUGGGAGAAGGAAGGAAGCUACUGCCUUCUGUGGUAGGCAGAAAUGAACAAAGAGCUGGCUUAAGUCCUGCUCCUGAGUUUCACAAACAUCAUGAUUUAACUGGAUUUCUAGUGUGCUCCUUCCCUUCAUGCUCCCCUCCCUUUGGAAUGGAAUGGUGGGGAACGGGUGUUAGUCUUUGCUGUUGUUUUGAUAUCCUUCCCUACCCACAAGUUGGAAAGUAUUAUGUAAAAUAACAUGGGACCAGCCCUCAGGUGACAGAGCUGUGCAGGGAGGGUGGGUUUUAGUCUCUGUAGCGCUGCUUUAGAAGCUCUGGGGACUCCCUGUGCUCCGAGUCAGAGGAGCCUCUCUAAACUGGGUCCAGUGGAUUCAGGACUGUUGACAGGAGUUGCCCUUCCUUUCCCCCUCCCAGGCUGGUUUGUGAGGGGACCCCUCAAGGGGAAAGUCCUGGGUGAUGUGCAGGUGGGGUUUAUGAACUGUGAUUUGCACAGCUCCAUGUUCUAACUAAAUUAAAGAUCAGUAAAGGUAUGCUAUG